GUAAUCAACACUUCCUGGAACUGCGUCGAGAACCACAGAGUGAAACAGGGGAACAGAAAUGGUGUUACCGACACCUUCUGUACUGGAGAAGGAGCGCAUGUGAACUGAUUGAAAUGUACCAUUGCGGAGCUCCAUAAACGUGUUCGCCCAAAGGGAAUUCAAAUGUGCAGGCUACUAUUUCUACAGUACUGAUAUAUUUUAAAGCGGCUCUAGUUUUACAACGGGAACCUCACGCACGAGAGAGACAACUAGAGAGAGAGAGAGAGAGACUGAAAGUUAGCCUACUCACCGAGUAUCCUACAGUGAGGACCAUUAUUGACGUGAAAUGAUAGACAGCUGCGGCGCUGCAGGAUGGCCGAGGGCUGCAUGAGGGGCCUGCGUUAUGGCAUGGUCUUCUUCAACCUCCUCUUCUGGUUGGGGGGUUGUGGAAUACUGGGCGUGGGGGUAUGGCUGUCAGUGACCCAGGGCAACUUUGCCACACUCUCCUCAUCCCUCCCAUCCCUCUCAGCAGCCAAUCUACUCAUUGCGGUAGGGACCAUCAUCAUGGUGAUUGGUUGCCUCGGCUGUGUCGGAGCUGUCAAAGAAAGUCGUCCGCUGUUGCUGAGCUUCUUCAUCCUCCUUCUUCUGAUCUUCUUCUUGGAGAUUCUGUCCAUCACGCUCUUCUUUGUUUACCAAGACCAGAUUGAUCACUAUGCCCAGAGGGAUUUGAAGAGGGGACUCCAGCUCUUUGGCACCGAGGGCAACGUAGGCUUGACCAACGCCUGGAUGAUCGUACAAACGGAUUUCCGCUGCUGUGGCGUGACCAACCACACGGACUGGUUUGACGUGUACAACGCCAGCCGUGUGCCUGACUCCUGCUGUCUGGAGUACAGCGACAACUGUGGCCUCGAGAACCCAGGGACCUGGUGGACUGCGCCAUGCUACGAACGGGUGAAGGAUUGGCUACAAGAAAAUUUGGUGGCAUUGUGGAUCUUUGCCCUGUGUACGGCACUCACACAGAUUCUGGGUUUGGUGUUCUCUAUGACGAUGUUCUGCCAUGCAGUCAAAGUGGAGACCUUCUACGCCUAGCUUUGCCCCAAAGGACUCUGGGAAUGAGGGAGGCACACACACACCCCUCCCCUCCCACAGACCCUCUCCCUCCACUCUUUCUCAGCGACACCCUCGCAGACCAAUCCUCAUGUAACCUCUUCACAACAACCUGUACUGUUAAACAACCCCCAAUGUCAUAUCGGGAGACGAUGGAUGGUUUUUGCUCAAUAAAAUGUUAUUCGCUCAUUUUGUGCUCAACACAUACAUGUAAUAUAUAGAAAUACACAUUGAGCUGUAAUCCUUUUUUAAAUAUGUUUUAAAUGAUUUUGAAUCAUUCUAUAAUCUAAGUGUUUUGAAAUGAGAGGAGAGCUAAGGAAUGCAGGUCAAGAGGGCAUUUAGUAAAACAGGCCAUGCGAGUACUAAAAGUGCGUGGUUCUUAUGAUGGUGUUUAAUAAAAUGUUUGGCUUGUCCAAA